AAUCCGUGCGAUUGCGUUAAAUAGUUGGAUUUUAUUAGAAUAUCUUGUCGGGAAUAUGGGAAAUGCGAUGUUUUGGUUAUGCACGUUUGACCGUUUGAGAUGUCACGUGUUGGAAAAGUGGAUGAAACGUAGACGUAACUGUUUGUUGCAGUUGCUGUAUCAGCCAAACGCAUGCAAAUCAGUUACUUUAGAAUGACUGGGGCUCCUAACAAAUACAUUGUGUACAACAGUAUAUAAUAGCUUUUUAAAAUACAAUAUUAAAAAUGUCGAUUUUUUAAUUUUGUUGUCACUAUUAGAUUGCAACACUUUUGUAAGUAUAACCUUUGACCAGUCACGUGAUCAUCAAAUGUACUCCCGAAUCUGGGUAUUGUAGGACGGAAGAAAUGAAGUUUUUAAAACUUUUCGGACGAUUUAAAUCAAAUGUCAUUGGCAUGAUUCACGUCCAAGCCCUGCCUGGGACUCCAUUAAACAACGCAACUGUAUCGGGGAUCACAGAGAAAGCAUGCCGAGAAGCGGAAAUUUACCACCAAGCAGGGCUUGAUGGCGUGAUCAUUGAAAACAUGCAUGAUAUUCCUUACACCCUUGAGGUGGGUCCAGAGGUGUGUGCAUCUAUGACCGCAGUGUGUGCUGCCGUAAGAAGGCUUUAUCCAUCCUGGCCGCUUGGUGUACAGAUCCUCUCUGCUGCAAACAAAUCAGCGCUGGCCGUUGCCUUGGCAUCAGGGUUGGAUUUUAUCCGUGCAGAGGGCUUUGUGUUUUCGCAUGUAGCGGAUGAAGGCCUGCUAAAUGCUUGUGCUGGUGAGCUACUGCGCUACCGUAGACACAUCGGAGCAGAGCACAUUCAGAUCUUUACAGACAUCAAGAAGAAGCACAGUGCUCAUGCCCUCACUUCAGAUGUGAGUAUAGCUGAAACAGCCAAAGCAGCAGAGUUCUUCCUCUCUGAUGGUGUCAUCGUCACAGGAACGGCAACUGGAGCACAAGCUGAUCCAGAAGAAUUAAGUGAGGUUACCCAGUCUGUAAGAAUCCCUGUUCUUAUCGGUUCUGGAGUAACACACAGCAAUGUGGAGCACUACCUUCAAGCAGGUGCUAUGAUCAUUGGCUCCCACUUCAAAAAAGAUGGCUACUGGGCAAAUGGUCUGGAUGCAGAGAGAGUGAAAAAGUUCAUGGAGAAGAUGCACAAACUUCGGGAGUAACUAAAGGCAAAGCUUUUAAAACAAGAGAUACAGUAUUUGUUUUCUUGUAACGGAAGAACAAGAAAAUUUGGUUAAUAAAUUCAAAUACAGUAAAAAAAAAAACAAGACUUAAUGUGAUGAAAAAAUAUUUUUAAUUUUUUUAUAAAGAUUUUACAAAUGUAUUUUUGAAGAUAGAAAAUAAAACCUCAAAAUGCAUUUAUAUUUACAAAGUCAAAUGUUAGCAAAAAUGUAAUGGUAUGAAUCACAACAAAUACUUUGGUAUUUCACUCAUGCAAACAUAAGGCUUAAGAUGUAGCUUCACAUUGUUUUGCCUUCUUUUCAUAUGCUUCAACACUGAAAUAUUUUCAAGAAUUUUUUUUUUUAUCUCACUUAAACGAUAUUUAGGCACCAUAGCAAAGCAGAAACACACAAACAUUACUACAUUGCACUUUCAGAUAAGCACUCUUUAAAUACUAAAGCACUGCUAAUGCCAAUGCUUUAUGGUCAUGUUUUGAAUCAUCCAACUGAAUUUUCAACGCAUGCUUAUGUUACUGAGUUAUAUCAGUGUUAGACUACCAAUGAGACAUCCACCUUAAAAAAAACACCCUGUGUUCAGACAGUGACACUUUAAAUUUGUAACAGACUCACAGGGGGAAAGUAUCAGAUUAUCAAUAUUCCCCUUGAAGAUAAAAACAACAAUUCACAUAGCAAAAACAUUUCAUCUUUUUUAUGUAAAAAGACUAAAGCUCAAUAGUUGUACAGGCGUUGAGUGGGCUGCUUGAAGAAGCCAUAGCGGCGCUCAGAUAAAAAGCGUGUUUUUGUAAGGUUUUGCCUGUUGAGGGCGCCACGGGUCAGCUUUCUAUGCUCAUUAUAAACUCUGGCACGCUGCUCUGAAAGCAGUAUCGUGCUGCAGGGCAAUGGGCUGCCCCAUGCAGCUAGCCAAGAAACGUGACGUCUGAUUGGUGCAGACCUAAAGCAAAAGUUUGACAAUACAGACACGGUUAAAAAAAAGAUAUAGGUUGCAUGUCAAUGUGACAUCAUAAGACUUGUUUUGCUCAUAUCUUUAAAGUAUGACUGUCAAUCUUAUGUCUAAAAGCAAUGUGACCUCCUGCACAUAGAACCUUUCGUGGUAUUCCUAAAAUGUUGUCUACGUGAUUAUUCCCUACACAUUUUCAACUAAAUGCUGCAAAUGCCACUUUAAGUUGCAUAAGAAAAAUUAGCCUACCUCAUGAAUAUAUAGACUAAAACUCUUGGAUCGGUCCUAAAUCUUACCUAGUCAUGUCUUCCACUUCUUCUUCUGAAGCGAUGUCUUCCUCAUCAGGCUUGAUCUGGUACACAGACAUGCUGGGAUGCUCAAUCAACAAGUUUUCCAAAGUGUUUGCCUCACAUGAGCCACCAACUGACUGGUUCUCUGCAUACACAAAAGCAGAAAUUAUUUCAAUUUAAUGAAAAAACUUUAAUACAAGGCCAAUGCCUCAAACCAAAACCCUUCUGAUCAUCUGAGGUUAAAUUCCAAUGCUUAAAUUCAUUUGGUUGUAAAAUUUUGACUUUAUCUUUCAUUACUAUGCCUAAUGAGUUGAUGUUACAGUGGAAUAGGUGUAUCAAGUCCCUUAAAACAGGUAAAAAAAAACAUAUUGAAAAUCAGAAAGCACUCACCUUGUAUAUUUAUGAUAACCCAUUCCCCAUCCUCAAGCUCAAGUAGGUUUGCAUAGUCUUCAGUUUCAACUACAGCAUCACUGUGAUUCUCCUCUACGCUGCCAACAAACUGUGCAAUGAUUUUACCGAUCAUUUUUGUUCUUGAUAAAUCAGAUCUUUAAGAAAAAAACAGAAAGUAAAAAAAAUAUUUAUUACACCCUACAUAAAAAAAUACUUGAGUGUUUCUCGUAAUAAAUUGUUUUAUACUGUAGUUGAUUACAUGUUUCUUGGGUUGUAUAAUUGACAUUAGGUUAAUUUAAACCAGUGGUUAGGUUUGUCCAUAUUUUACCAAACCAUGGGUUAAAACAGCGCAGCAGAGUGUACACCUUAUAAAAUGUAUACCAACCCCUUGACCUACAUUUUUUACUUA